GUUUCUGUGCUUAGUGGUUAUUAGUAAAUUUAAGUGUUUUAAUAAUAAAAAAAAUACAGUUAUGCUUGGUCCACAUUAUUUAUAAGUUAUAGAUUCGUUAUAAUAAAGUAAUGGAGUAUUCCUAAAAUGCCUCCACGACUCUCAGCCCGCAAGUUCGUCCUAGCUUUCCUCGUGGUUAUCGGAGUGACGGUCUUGGUGGGUACCAAGUACAACUUGUCUCAUCUGGUCAACAAAUCCGCACAACCGUUGGUUCAAGUGUUUAAAAAUGAACUCGGAGCUCAAACCCAGAGACCAGAAGAACAAGAGGAAUUUCUCGAUAACAACAUAUUCGAGGAGCCGGAAAAAACAGUGAAACCUCCAGAAAGGCCGUGGUUCCUGCCUGAUGGUACGAUUUACCCUACGAAAAGUAAAGGACCUCCAAGACUGUUUCCUGAUCAAGCCGAUGGAGAUAGGAUUUAUGAUCAGUUGAUGUACAUGCCAGAUGACUAUCAAGGGUACGACUCGCCGGAAAAGACGAUCUUGCUGUACAACGGAUUCAGCGGCUGGGGCCAGAAAAAGGGCAGUGCAGCAUUUCACGAAUGCCCUAUCAGUAGAUGCACUUUGACUGCGGAUAGGAGCAGGGCUUCCGAUGCAGACGCAAUUCUGUUUAAAGACAGAGUUGUUCAGCCUCCGGUGGACAGGCCUAUGAAACAGGUGUGGAUAUUAUAUCACUUGGAGUGUCCGUACCAUACGCAAAGCGUCAAAAUUCCGGAUUCGAUAAACUGGACCUCAACAUACAGGAGAGACAGCGAUAUCGUAGCUCCAUACGAAUAUUGGAUGUACUAUGAUCCAGAGUGUAAAGCCCUUUGUUGUUAUUAUUACUUUUUGUUAUGA